CAUCUAGUUAAAAUCCGUCUCAAUGGAGAAAGGUCAGCAGUGUGAGAAUGCAAAAGAAGCGUAUCGUGAACAACUCACCAAGACUAACAACAGUCAGACACUUCAUUAUUCUACCAACUUUCCACAAUUAAAUGAUGUAAGUGAAAAUUUCCAUUCAUUUGUUGGCUGUUCAAAGCUGAAUUAGUGCCAACGUAGGAUUAAAUUUAACCUGCUGUUUUAAUUUGUAGGAUUUGUUCCUUUCAAAAUUUUAGAAAACAUAACUUCUGUUGAUUUUUUGAUGUUUUCAAACAGGUUGUUGGGAAUUAUGCUUUGAGGAUUAUUAUUUAACAUUAACCUAGUAACAUAGGAUUAAUUAAGCUAAUUUACUGGCUGCCGCCCGCCCGCCUUUUGAAGAGGUGUGUUUAAAUGGGCCUGUCUAAUUUAAGUGGCACAAUUCUGUGGUCGUGACAUUUGAUUUGUUAUUAUUCUUGUAACCCAUUAAUUUGCAUUGCACCACAAUGCACUCUACUUUAUUAUUUUACUCUGUCUAAUGUCGAACAAGUUCACUUGAUCACCAAAGGGAGUGCACUGGUGCUGAAUGGGUUCAUUUUGUAUUUGCCAGGCCCUUCAGAAGGGGGAAGAGGAAAGGGUGGCAAAGUAUGGUGUUCUACUUUCGCAAUAUUCUGAAGUCCACAGUAAAGUCAUUCCAAUCAUCAACAAGUGUUUGGAAGGAAUGAAGACUUCUUCUCAGAUUGUUAACGGUCCUAAGGUAUGUAUGACCCAGGUCACUUGUACUUGCUACCACAUAGCCAGAGUAUCAGGAUCUAUUUUACAGAUAAAGCCUGACCCAAACCUUAAUCCGGUUGCUCUCCACCCACAGCAAAGUUUAUAUUCUGUCAGGCCCUCUUUUACCGUCCGUCUACCUGCACCUAAGAAAGGGAAAACAUAUGGCUUGAUACUCAGGCUACGUACCACAUUGACACAAUGAACCCACACAGGACCAGAAAAUGACAGAUGUCUGACCAUUAUCUCAGGCAACACAAUCACCCUACACAUACUACACUAAUCUACCACGCUAUAGAUUUAAACAUAUCCCUUCUAGGACUCUCAAACGUUGAUAGAUGCAAACAAGACGGGUCUGUCACCACCAGGAGAUAUUCCGUUUGAAGAAUAUGGUAAACCUGCAACACAACAGCCUGGGACACCUGUGGACAAGAAGAGAACAAAAAAAGUGAAAACUAAACCUAACAAAGGUACCAAGGUAAGUCUCAAACAGCCAGUGUGGGUAGUGGCAAUAAUAGAGAGUUUAAGAUGAACACUAAACCUAAAGGUAAGUCUCAAACAGUCAGUGUGGGUAGUGGCAACAAUAGAGAGUUUAAGAUGAACACUAAACCUAAAGGUAACUCUCAAACAGCCAGUGUGGGUAGUGGCAAUAAUAGAGAGUUUAAGAUGAACACUAAACCUAAUAAAGCCCGUUCUCCACUAGGCGAAUUUAUUCGCGCGAACAGAUAAAAAGUAGGAAGCGAUCCUACUUUUUCGCCGCGAAUUUUUUCGCCGACCAAUCACGUUGCCGGAUUUCGGUUUUCGCUUCGCGUCGCGCGAACAAAUUCGCGUAGUGGAGAACGGGCUUAAAGGUACCAAGGUAAGUCUCGAACAGCCAGUGUGGGUAAUGGCAAUAAGAAGGAAGCUCUGGAUUGUAAGGGAUUCAAUUACCUGAAAAAUACAAGGAGAACUUCGGCGUUUCGAGUCUACUAACGAAGAGCCUAGCUUCGCUAGGAACGUCAAAGUUCUCCUUGUGUUUUUUUUUAUCCCUAUCAAUCUGAAGCUUUCUUAUGAGUAAAGUUAGUUUAGUUUAGUUUAGGUUAAGGCUAAUUUCCACUCAGGAAAAUUAUUCGUGGAUUGGAAUGGACAAGAAAAUUUUUUUCUUGUGAGCUCUGGGUUGGAACUAAUGACUUCAACACAAAGAAAAACUUUCUUGUCCGUUCCAAUCCACGGAUAAUUUUCCUGAGUGGAAAUUAGCCUUUAGGUUUCUUUUCCUUCCCCAAAUUAGUUCAGACCCAUCAUUUGUCUCUAUUCUAAAACGAGUGAACGCAAUCUAUCAAGAACAUGUUGUUCGAGCUCGACAACUGCAUGGCCUCUGUAGCUCAGUGCUCCUCAGUUCCUUAAAACGCUGCACUGGAAUCGCAAGGGCGCAGGUUCGAUUCCUGUCAGGGACCUAUAGUUGCAUUUUUCGCAGCUGUUCCUGGUUAGGUCUAACAAAUGUAUAUAAAUUUCCACUUGAUAAUUUCCAUCUACAAGACCCCUUCAAUGCAAUUUAUCCUCCGUUAGAACGUAGGCGAUGGCAACGACUUCCAAAGCCUCAACCCAGGAGAAAAAACUCGCAUUUGUAAAAAGAAGAUAGAAGAAUAUAGCGCUGAAUCUGCGACAUUAUGGUCUGAAAGACAAGGUUUGGAGAAAAUGAUGGAUGUUUACAGUCAGAACAACGCACUGGGAGACCCGGAGAGCAUCAAGGGACAGCUGGAGGUGAACGCUAAGGCACUGGACAAGAGUAAUGAAGAAUUACAUAAAUAUCAGGUACGUUUUGAUUGUAAAUAUUUCCUCCUGUAGUAACAGUGGAACCAGUAAAGGCUAAUUUCCACUCAGGAAAAUUAUCCGUGGAUUGGAACGGACAAGAAAAUUUUUUCUUUGUGUUAAAGUCAUUAGUUCCAACCCAUAGCUCACAAGACAAAGAAAAACUUUCUUGUUCGUUCCAAUCCACGGAUAAUUUUCCUGAGUGGAAAUUAGCCUUAAGGAUGAUAUUUACUGGAUCUCUAGGAAGAACAGUUUAGUACUGAUAGAGUUAUCUGGUAUAAGUAAAGUUAGUGUAGUUUAGGUUUGCUUCUGUAGUAACACUGUCUGGAUCAAUAAGACAUGAUCCUUACUGGACCUAUAGGGAGAACAGUGUAGAACUGAUAGAGCUAUCCAGUAUAAAUAAAGUUAGUUUAGUUUAGGUUUCCUCCUGUAGUAACACUGGAUCAAUAAGAGAUUAUCCUUACUGGACUUCUAGUGAAUACAGUUUAGAACUGAUAAAGCUAUCCAGUGUAAAGUUUAGGCAUUUUUAGAAACGUUGCUAAAAUCACUAUCUGGACUUCGUACAUCUUGUCCCGGGCUGGUUUACCUCAGUUUAAUAUCGAAUUCCGUUAUUUGAUCUGACAGAGGGUGAGGCUCGCAAUUUAGACGUUAUAGGGUGGCGCAAUCGUCAGAACAAGCGCCUUUCAUCCCUCAGACUGUGCGUUCGAUCCUCACGUACGACUCAUAUCACUUAUGUGAAAAGAGUUAGUCUCUACCGAAAGUCGUGGGUUUUCUCCGGGUACUCCGGUUUCUUCCCACAGGGAAAGUUGACAGGAAGGGAUUAUCCCCCAUUUUUAAUACCUACAUUGAUGAUUUGGAGGACGCCUUACCAGAACAACUAAAAGUCAGUACGAAUAAGUAUGCAGAUGACUGCACACAACACCAAAUAGUGAGCGUAGAUUCUAAUAGUAAUUUACAACAAUCUAUCAAUGAAGUAAAUAACUGGGCGGUGUUAAAUAAAAUGGCAAUUAAUGCUAAAAAAACUAAGGACAUGUGGAUCUCUUUCACGGACGCUAUACCUGAACCACCACGUCUUCGUAUUGGAAAUGAGUUAAUAGAAAGGGUCAACGCUUUUAAAUUACUUGGCGUGUCGUUCCAAAAUAAUCUAAAAUGGAACGCACAUGUUGAAGAGAUUACACGUAAAGCAAAUAAACGCCUUUACCAUCUUAGAGAAUGCAGGAAAUCGCAGUUACCAGCUGAAGUCGGUAUUAUUACCUAUCAAUCCAAAAUAAGACCAAUUCUCGAGUAUGCAUCACCUGUCUGGGCGGGACUCCCUAAUUACCUGCGAGAUGAAAUAGAGCGGGUUCAAUCCAGGAGCUUAAGAAUCCUUGGCCUGGAAAAAGAUUACCUACCACCGUUGAACGAAAGAAGGGAAGAGGCAACUAGUCGAGAAGUUGAUAGGUUUAUGAACGAUCCACACCAUCCCUGUCGCAGUGUUUUGCCAAAAUUAAUUAACAAUCAGUACAAUUUAAGGAACAUUGACCGGAAUCGCAAUAUAUCAUUCUUCUCAGGAACUGAAAGGCAUAAACAUUCAUUUUCAGGUAGAGCUUGUAAAUAUGUAUAAAUAGUUUUAACUUAUUAGAAGAACUUAUUAGAUUAAAGAAUUUAUUAGUUUGAACUUCUUAGUUAGUUUUCUAAAUUAUCUUACAACAAUUUGUAAUAUAAAGACAUAUCCGCAGCAUAUAUACUUUCUUAAACAAGUAAUUGUAAGUUCAUUGUACUUUUUUAUCUUAAGAUGGAUGAAUAAAGCUAUUAUUAUUAUUAUUAUUCCACCGUAGCUGUGCUCCGUGAUCAGACAUGACUCAUAAGGUGGCUGGCAGAGGCGCCCUUAGAAAGCCUUCGACUCGAUCAGAUUGAGCUGCGUCCUUCGUAAUUCAGCUUAGCUCUCAACUGCAAGCAUAGAUAUCUUAUAUACACUAGAUGGCGCAUCUCUUUUAGUAAAAUUGAAGCCAAGAAUAUUCCAGCGGUUACCAACAUUUGAAUAGAUGGCGGCCAUGUUGGAGUUUCCCACUCGCUAAUAAACGUUUAAAAAACAACAAUAACUUUCAUCAUUUGAAUAGUUUGAAAAUGUAUUUGUAAUAGGUUUAACCAUAGGCAGCCCAAAACGGCGUGUAGAAUGCACCAAUAAUGCUUCCAAAUGUCAAUUUGCAUUAAGCUCGCCCCAUUCCUUUGUCAUUUGUCGCGCGCCGCAAGCACUCGAUUGAAAAGCAGUGUUGAUAUAUAUAGAUUAUACCUAUAUAUUAUUCUGAUUAUACCUAUAGGUAUAAUCUAUAUAUAUCAACACUGCUUUUCAAUCGAGUGCUUGCGGCGCGCGACAAAUGACAAAGGAAUGGGGCGAGCUUAAUGCAAAUUGACAUUUGGAAGCAUUAUUGGUGCAUUCUACACGCCGUUUUGGGCUGCCUAUGGUUUAACUUAAUGUUUAAGUUCCCUGUUUAAGAAAUAGAAAACAUACGAGUCUUCUCAUUUCAUUGGAAUAUCCUGAGUCUGCAAUCACGGCUUCAAUUUUUGAAUUGCAGAAUAAUUAGAUGCACUAUCUAGUGUAUAUAAGAUAUCUAUGGCUGCAAGUAAGGAUGAUUAGCACACCCCACUUACUUACUUAAGGUCUGUGUGGGCUUUAACUGAUAUUACAAGUAAAACUAACAAAUUUUUUUCAAUCUAUCUUCUUAGUGCUAUUUGGCAGCUCUACAGAACUCCGAACCUCCCCCCCGUCAACCUUUCUACUCCGGUCAAACUGGAGGUGUCCCCCCUGCUCAAGCUGCGAAUGGAGUCGCAAACCCUCCUGGUAAUAUCCCCGAACCUCCCCCUCCCCCGGGGUCAGCUGUGAUGGACCAAGAUGACGGAGAGUUUGAAGAUGAUAUUCGAUGUUAUGUACUGUAUGAUUUCCAAGGUAAGAUGUGUUGAUGGUAUGACCAGACCUCUACGGACAACGGUUUAGAACUGAUAAAGCUAUCCAUGCAGUAUAAAUAAAGUUACCGUAGUUUCCCCUUGUAGUAACACUGGUUCAAUAAGAGAUGACUCUUAAGGCUAAUUUCCACUCCGGAAACCUAUCCGUGGAUUGGAACGGACAAGAAAAUUUUUUUGUGUUAAAGUCAUUAGUUCCAGCCCAGAGCUCACAAGACAAAGAAUAAUUUUCUUGUCCGUUCCAAUCCACGGAUAAUUUUCCUGAGUGGAAACUAGCCUUUACUGGAUCUUGAGGGAGAACAGUUUAGAACUGAUAGAGUUAUCCAGUAUAAAUAAAGUUAGUUUAGUUUAGGUUUCCUCCUGUAGUAACACUGGAUCAAUAAGAGAUGAUCCUUACUGGUCCUCUAGGGAAAACAGUUUAGAACUGAUAGAGUAAUCCAGUAUAAAUAAAGUUAGUGGAUCAAUAAGAGAUGACCCUUACUGGUCCUCUAGGGCGAACAGUUUAGAACCGAUGGAGCUAUCCAGUAUAAAUAAAGUUAGGAGGAUGACAUCAGGGUUUUGAGUUUAGGCCGGCGAACGGCGAAUUUCGCCAGACUUUUUCAUUCAACCCCACUCAAAUUCGCCAGAGCUUUUACGUUUAUAUAUAUAAUCCAUGUCAAAUAAUUUAUAUAAUCCAUGUGCACGAAUGAUUGUGAAGCUUAACUGAGGUGCAUGCAGUCUACAUAGUCUAGGCUUUUCCCUUUCGCCAUAGUUUCAUCGCCAUUAGCCAGAGCUUCACACAAAACUGAAAACCCUGAUGACAUACAUGAUGUUAUGUACAGUACUGUAUGAUUUUCAAACAAAAAAAUCAUCUCUAGAAUGGAUAAAAAGGCGUUAUCUGUGGUAUUCGAUUAAAAAAUUAAUUGAUUGAUUAAAUCAUUUUAGGUUCAAAUGAUGGUGAGAUAACAGUAUCUGCAGGCGAGGAGUUGAUUGUGUUAGAAAGAGAUAUCGACAAUACUGGUUGGACGCAGGUAUUAAAAGGAGAUGACGAGGGCUAUGUACCCACAGCAUAUAUACAACUGUCUGAAUAACUACUCGAGAUAUUUCGGACACGAUAUUUCAUUAAGGAAUAAUAUAAUACAGAUUCACUUGAUUAGGUGGUUGAACAUUCCAUCUCUAAUUUCUGAAUGGAGAAAGUUGCGCAGCAAAUUCUAGUCAAAAUGAACAUCGGAAUAUAUGAAACUAUGUAAUUAUAGGUGGAGAUAUAUAGUCAAGGAUACACUGCUCUAAUACAAGUCAUAUAUAGAUUGGGUUUCUAUUGAUAACUUCAAAUGCUUAUUAUUGCGCACUAUUGAAUAUAGAUUAUAUUUUAGACCAUUUUGAACCAAUUAUUUGCUGCUUUUUGUCAACAUUCGAAUGCUAAAUAGAAUGAUUUGCCGAUUUACUUCAAGAGAAUCCCACUGAAUCAAAGGCUUAGUGAAUCUAGAUACUUUAUUUACGCGAAAUGCGGUUGAAUAUGAUUUUUUCAAUAUAUUUAAAAGUUCUCAUUUUAUGUAAAAAUUCAUUUUUUGAGUUGUGAUUAAAUAGGCAUGUUGAUUUGUAAUAGAACAACGAUUUGAGAAUGCAGGUGUGAUAUUUUUAUAUUCACAUGAAAGGAACCAGUCUGAAGGUAUGUGCUAAAGAUUAUCAGAAAAGUAAAUAUAAAAGUUGUGUGGGCGACAUUCCAACACAAAGAAGAUAAAAAUUCCGUGUUUUUGCUCGUCUGGAAAAGGUUUGUAAGUAGUGAUAGUUUGUAUUCAUGUUUUUUUUUAUACAUUGUUACCCUCUGCGAGGCCGUUUUUAUCCUGUUCUAUCAUUUAUCAUCCCUGAUUAACCCGUACGGAUGUUAUAGUACACAGGUGAUCUACCACCCCCUAGUGACCCUUCCUACCCCUACUUGACAUUGACUACCCUACGCUGCGAUUUCAGUGCUGAUUUCAGGUUUUGCCGAAUGUUAAUGACAAUGGAUGAGUUGCCGGUUCGCAGGCCCCCUUUGUUUUUCGCGGCCAAUUGCCCCCUGGUGAUCCCAUAAUACAUUGCAUACAAUGUAUUAUGUAGAUCGCCAGAGAGCAAUUGGCCGCGCAAAACAAAGGGGGCCUGCGAACCGGUAAUUCAUCCAUUGUUGUCAGUUGAUGAUGACGCCAGAUGACGUUGACAGCGUGUUUUUCAAAUAUCAUUUAAUUAAAACUGAAUCGGCCCGACAAAUCGUGUAUAAACUUGCCUUUACAUAGACGCACUCCCACGAGUUUUCAACGUGGGUCACAGUUUUUCCUUUUUCCGUCUUGGCGGCUCGCUGCAGCAUUUAGUCCACAGGAGGAAACGCCCUGUAUGAGGGAACUAAGGGACCCUAGGGACCCUGUGAAUGGGGCAAUAAGCCCUGUAGGGAUCACCAGUCAUUUAUGACAAAGCUCGUAAAUUAAAAGUUAAAAAAAUUGGGAACUGCUGUAACGUAUUCAGUGUUUUAAUAAAACACAAAACAACAGACACUCCGAAAAUUGUAACCAUGUUAUUCGUUACGUUUCGACUAUAAUUUAAGUCAUCUUCAGAAGAAUCAAGUAUAUAAAGCUAUAAAAGCUCGUAUUACGGUAUUAGAACUAUACCAAGUAUAGAGCUAUCUUCGUAUACACUAGUAUAGAGCUUGAAAUUGUAAAUUGUGUAAUAUAAAUUACCAAACUAAAGUCUGGGUUUUGGUUCACGAAAUCGUGCUGAGGAGUGCUCGAUGUGACGAUAUCAUAUAGAUAGCUCAGAGAUAUACUGCAUCAGUGUACGUGGCUCACCUGAUGAUUCAUCUUGGAUGAAACAGACUGUUCUGGCAACCUUUUGAGGUAAAAAAACCCUACAAACUAUACGUCUAUAGUAUGUAUAUUUAAUAAUUUAUGAUAUGAUUUCAUUUCUUAUUUUUUGAUCUUGCCUAAAACUAAAUCGACAAAACAGGAGAAACGAAUUUUCCUGAGGAAAAUCGAAAUGUCAUAGUGUAUUAAUUUUUUCACGCUGAUAAGCUUGGAAGAGUAUUAAAGGAAUACCGAAUGGUUUUCCGUGCAGGAUUGCGUGAUCCAUGCACGAGGGAUGUCGCGAGACUUUCGGAAAGCGUAAAAAUACUCGAGCCGUAGGCGAGUGUAUUUUUACGCUUUCCGAAAGUCGAGCAACAUCCCAAGUGCAUGGAUCACGCUAUCCUGCUUGGAAAACCAUUUGGUCAUUGUUUUAUAAAAUAACUACAGUGAAACAAUGACAUUUUGAAAAUCCCGCGAAGGCAUUUUAAUUCCUCGUACAGGAUAGCCUGAUCCUGCACGGCUAUUGACCAAUCAAAUUGCGUGUUUCACUGUAGUUAUUAUAUAAAAAGUAAAAUAUUAUAUUAUAAGCGUUUCAAAAUGUUAUUCAGGUAUCAGAUUCUUGCUACGAGCUGUCAAUGAUCCAACAUGCAGAUUAUCAUUACCACGUGUCAUUACCUGCGCUUUUAAGUCCAAACCUGCGGGGGGUUAGGUUUGGUUUCCUAUUCCUCAAUCUGCGUCGUUGAUUAUUUCCUGACCUUUGCAUAAUCUGCGCCUUGUUCCUCCUUGUUUAGACAUAAGAAGAUUGCGCAUUGGAAGAGCGCAGUUCAUACUGUAGUGUCUGUGAUCACAAGCUUGAGAAGUCAGUGUUGUGUUAUACCAAAGAGUACAUCGAUAUUGAAGUGUCGAUCAAUGUAAGUUUGCUUAAUCAUUCAUUGAUAUGAUUCACUUGUGUAAUAUGUGUUAUCAAAUUCCCCCGAUGACGGUCCUGAAAGUUGAAACACUGUUGUGCUAUCCCAAGAAUUUCUUAAAUUUCAUGCUCAGAAUAAUCUUUAAGUUGUAUAUAAGUCGCUAAAAUAUCUGUGCCAUGAAACGCGAGUUCGCUAAAUUCAUAAAUUUGAAUCCGGUUGAGUGAACGUUAUAUUGUCAAUAUACAGCGUUAUGUUUUUUCUGAUUGUAUUUUAUGAUAACUUAAUAUUUCUUGUCAAAUUGGCUUAGCUGAGCAGGGACAAUACUUGAUAAUACUUCAAAUAUCAUUUAAAUAUUUAUAAUUUUGAUAUAUCUCUUACGUACGCGCUAACAUUGGAGCAUUAUGAUUUAGAUCUAUGGCGAAAUAGGCGAAUUUGAUAUGUGCUUAUCACUUUGAAUUAUUGAAUAUAGCUCUCAAUACAUAUACAUAUUUUCCUGAUUGGUUCUGAGAUAGAGUUUAAAGGCUGUGCGUCACAUGACUAUGAUGACUAGUAAAUCACCAGAAUAUCUCGUGUAUAAUGUGGAUGUGUCUAGAUCCUUGAUGAAAAUACAAAAAAAAUGAAUGCUGAAAAUGUCUGAAAUUUGUUAGCGCGCGGCGUGUGUGUUGAUGGGACGCACCGCGUAUAGGAUAAUUCUAAAAAAUUCUUAGCAAAUCAAUUGUUUCUGAUUCAUUUAUAUAGUGCGCCGGCCAUAUGAGAAACCCCACGCAAAAUUAGAUUGCUUGAGCCUCUGAGGUUAUUAUUUGCGGUCACAAUGUCGAGAUGUCUUCUGUGUAAACAUCUGUCAAACAUGCAUAUAUCCAGCAACUGGCGAAUUGUUCGUUUUGGGCAGCGACGCGCAUACAUGAUGCUUCAAUUUGUGCUGUCGAC